AUGUCCGGCAAAAAACCAUCAUCAGACGCGAAAGCAUCCUCAGCCCAAGCCAUAAACUUCAACAAAGACAAGAGACCCGCACCCCCAGUCGCCAAAAAGGCCGGUGGUCAAGUGUACGGCCUAGCGAGGAGAAAAGGGGAGAAAAAUCCGCUGAAGUGGGGCCUGAGUUUCGAGGAGGGGUUGUUGGGACAUAAGGCUUUGGAAGGGAGUCGGUCUUUGCCGCCGAGGGAUAGGGAUGAGUAUAAAGUCUGGAAACAGGAGAUUAUGGCGGAUUAUAACAGUGGGAAAGCUCCUAAAGCGAUUGGUUUUUGGGAUUUUCUUUUUGGGGGGAAGGGGAAGAAGGUACCGGAGAAGAAGGGAGGUGGGUCUCGAAAUGCACCGCCGAGUAAGGCGAAGAAACCGGAUAGUGGAGGUGCUUCUGGAUCAGGUGGAAAGAAGGCAUCUAAGGGCUCGGGGAGUGGAAGCUGA